AUGAGCGAACAUAUUAAAGAGAAUAUUUCUCCUAUGAUAUUAAUAAAACCAUUAAAAAUAAAAACUUAUGGUGAUAUCUAUUACGAUACUCAGACUACGGAAGGUGCUGUGAAAUUCUUUGAAGAUUUUGGUAUUUUUCCUAAAAUACGAACUUGUAAAAGGUGUCAAAAUUUAAUGCGAAAGUCCAGGGAUCGUUCAUGUAAUGAUGAACAAAAGUUGUUACGUCACUGUGGCGGUGGCGCGUUGCGACUACGACCUAAAAGAAUAAAAGAAUUGCAUAAAGCUAAGCCACAAAAAACCUGGGGUCGUCUAAAGCAAG